GCCAAGUGCAAUCUGUCGUCGGCAUGGGUUAUCGAAGUUUUUACUUCAACGAAGAAUCAUAGGGGCUGCUUGGCAACGACAGAAGAAGAUUCAUUUCCUUUUUACUUUCCCUCCACCACACGUUUUAACGCUUAGCCCUUCCAAAUCUUGAAGAUCCCUUGAAAUUUCCUUCCGUUUCCUUAACGUCCACUGUUCUUCGCAUUUGUCUACACUUUAGAUUAAGAAAGGAAGUACGCUACGAAAUCAGAUCUCUGCUGAUUCAUUUUCCAGCAAAGCUUAUCGAAUCUAUCUUUUCACUCUUUGUUUGGUGUUGUAAUUCUCAAUUCUGCAACUGGGAGAAAGCCUUUCUAAGCUUCAGUUCAACAGUAACCAAAUUCGUUGGCAACAAUGGCAGAAUCUAAGUCGGACUCUGACUUUUUGAAGGAAUUCUACAUUCCUGCGUAUAUAUUUAAUGAUGAAACAAAAUUUUCUGAUCUUCGUGAUGUACCUGAGUUUCCAGUGCUUGUGUUUAUCAACUCCAAAAGUGGUGGUCAAUUGGGUGGUGAUCUUCUUAAUACAUAUAGAAGUGUCCUCAAUGAGCAUCAGAUUUUCGAUGUGGGGGAAGAGGCCCCUGAUAAGGUGCUUCGCAGAGUUUACACCAGACUAGAAAAGCUGAAACAAGAAAAAGAUGAAUUUGCCACGAAGAUUCAUGAGAGAUUAAGAAUAAUUGUUGCUGGUGGUGAUGGGACAGCUGGCUGGCUUCUGGGGGUUGUUUGUGAUCUUAAAUUGCCACAUCCACCUCCAAUUGCUACAGUUCCUCUGGGUACCGGAAACAAUCUGCCUUUUUCAUUUGGCUGGGGAAAGAAGAAUCCUGGGACUGAUCGGAAUUCUGUGCUGUCAUUCUUGGAACAAGUAAUGAAAGCAAAGGAAAUGAAAAUAGACAAUUGGCAUAUUCUCAUGAGGAUGAGAGCUCCAAAGGAAGGUCCAUGUGAUCCUAUUCCACCUCUGGAACUACCACAUUCUUUACAUGCAUUUGGUCGAGUCUCUUCAACAGAUGAACUGAACAUGGAAGGUUACCAUACAUUUCGUGGGGGAUUCUGGAAUUACUUCAGCAUGGGAAUGGAUGCUCAAGUAUCUUAUGCUUUUCACUCAGAGCGGAAGUUGCAUCCUGAAAAAUUUAAAAACCAGUUGGUUAAUCAGAGCACUUAUGCAAAGCUUGGCUGUACCCAGGGGUGGUUUGCUGCUUCUGUUUUUCAUCCUUCUUCAAAGAAUGUUGCCCAGCUUGCAAAAGUGAAAAUCAUGAAGAAACACGGUCAAUGGCAGGACCUCCACAUACCACAGAGCAUAAGGUCGAUCAUAUGCCUCAACUUGCCCAGCUUUUCUGGUGGUCUAAAUCCUUGGGGAACACCAAGUGGCAGAAAAAAGAAUGAAAGAGACUUGACUGCACCGUAUGUAGAUGAUGGCCUUCUGGAAGUUGUUGGUUUUAGAGAUGCAUGGCAUGGGCUCGUGUUGCUGGCUCCAAAGGGACAUGGAACUCGCCUGGCACAGGCACACCGAAUCCGCUUUGAGUUUCACAAAGGUGCUGCUGACCAUACAUAUAUGAGGAUCGAUGGGGAGCCGUGGAAGCAACCACUGCCAAAAGAUGAUGACGCAGUUGUAGUUGAAAUUUCCCACCUUGGACAAGUCAACAUGCUCGCAACCCAAAAUUGCCGAUCGAAAAGUGUGAACGAUGUUUCCUCAUCAACUAGUCAUCAUAAUGGUGAAGAAGAUGAUGAUUUUAGUGAUGAAGAUGACUCUAGAGCUGAGCCAGAGUUCAGGAAAUUUGGUGCAGCAGACACGUUCAGAAUCCCAGAUGAGAUUGAUAUUUCUCAACUUAGUUAAACAUCUGAUAAUUCCAUUUCUUGUGUUCAUUACUUAUUCACUGUAAUAAUGUUUGGGGUUCAUUUGGUUUAAAUAUUGCUGUAAAAGGUUAUAACUCAAUAGUUAAAUUGCCGCUUUUUAAACCAGAAACCAAAUGAUCCCAUCUUAAUGACUCCAUUAGCUUCCCAAUAAUUUGAUUUUGCUUUGGUAAUUUGGUUGUAACUUGCACUCCGUCAGCAUUACGAAUCCCCUAUUUUUGUUUUUAUUACUGUUA